AUGGCGCCCUCCUCGAUAACCGCUCAGCGGGUCGAGGAAGCUCGGACUCUCUCCAAGACCAACCCUUCCAAGGCUGAGAGUACCUUCAAAGAGAUCCUGGCCCAAGGGCCUGGGUCGACGGAAGCUUCCUCUCGUGAUUAUGAGAAUGCUCUGGUUGGGCUGGGAGAGCUGUACAGAGAUGGAAAGAAACCCCAGGAGAUCGCGGACCUCAUCAAGACCAGCCGGGACUCGUUCUCGUCAUUCGCCAAAGCCAAGACUGCAAAGCUAGUCCGCCAGCUGCUGGACUUGUUCAGCGAGAUCCCCAACACGCUCGAUAUCCAGACCUCCGUCAUCCAAUCUUGCAUCGACUGGGCCAUUGCCGAACGCCGGUCUUUCCUUCGUCAGAACCUCCAGACCCGUCUGGUAGCCAUUUACAUGCAGAAACAAUCCUACUACGAUGCUCUCAACCUGAUCGGACCCCUCCUCCGCGAGCUGAAGCGAUUGGAUGAUAAGCUCAUGCUGGUCGAAGUGCAGCUGCUGGAGUCGCGGGUGUAUCAUGCCCUGGGCAACCAGGCCAAGGCGCGUGCGGCCUUGACGGCUUCCCGGACAUCGGCCGCGUCCGUCUACACACCUCCCAAUCUGCAAGCCGGCCUGGACAUGCAAAGUGGUAUGCUGCACGCGGAGGACAAGGACUUUAACACCUCGUACUCUUACUUCAUCGAGGCCCUAGAGGGCUACAGCUCGUUGGACGAGGGCGAGAAGGCGACCGCGACUCUUCAGUACAUGCUGCUCUGUAAGAUUAUGUUGAACUUGGUGGACGACGUGACGAGCCUGCUGGGCUCCAAGCAGGCCCAGAAGUAUGCCAGCCCGCGGCUCGAGGCCAUGAAGGCCGUGGCGCGUGCUCACGCCAACCGGUCGCUGGAAGAGUACGAGAAGGCUCUCUCGGACUACCGGUUUGAGCUGGGCAGCGAUGCGUUCAUUCGCAACCACCUCCGCCGACUCUACGAUGCCAUGUUGGAGCAGAACCUGGUCAAGGUGAUCGAGCCCUUCAGCCGAGUGGAGUUGGACCACAUCUCCAAGAUGGUCGGGCUGGACACGCAGCAGGUGGAGCGCAAACUUUCCCAGAUGAUUCUGGACAAGGUGAUCAUCGGUGUGCUAGAUCAAGGCUCGGGAUGUCUGAUCGUCUACGACGAGACGGAGCGAGACCAGGCCUACGACGCUGCCUUGGAUACCGUGGCCAAGCUGAGCAACGUGGUGGAGGAACUGUACACAAAUCAGGCCUCGCUGUUGGACACCAUGAAUGCCCCAAUGCCGCCCAGCUACGGCCGUGGCUUCCCGCAGGCCGCCCAACGUUCUCCUGCCACGCCUCGUCGCGGACCUCCAGGACCAGGCCCUGCAAUGCCGGUUCCCAUGGCUCAACAUCCCGUCCCCCCUCAGUAUCUGCCUCCACAGCGCAACAUGGCACACCCCAACGACACCGCUCUCCGUCGCAGCCGCAAGCCCACGGAUAAGAACAUCCCCGACGGCAUUGAAGAUGUGAUUGUUGGCGAGGGUGUGCAGCAGUACAAGAGCCUGCGCGACCUGGAGAAACGGCUGGAUGCCGCCAUCGUUCGCAAGAGAUUAGACAUCCAGGACUCGAUCAGCAAGACCGUCAAGAAAUACCGCACCAUGCGCAUCUGGAUCUCGAAUACGGUUGAGUCUCAGCCCUGGCAGGACGCCAGCGGGCAGAACGGCUCGGCGCCCGGCAGUAACCCCGGCUCGGGACGGUACAAGGUCCGCAUCGAGGGACGCCUGCUGGACGACGACAGUGACCCCACGGCAGCGGAGGACAGUGACGACGAGGGCGCCGCGGAUGAAUCGAAUGGGGAUGCUAUGGAGCAGGAUUCUUCGGAGGCCAAGAAAUCCGGCGCCAAGCAGCAAAAGCAGCGCUUCUCACAUUUCUUCAAGACCAUCUCCGUGGACUUCGACAAGGCCUCCACGGUCAACCCGGAGGAGGUUAAACCCGUCAGCUGGAUCAAGCCUCAGCUGCCUCCCAACGCCGUCUCGCUUCCCCCCUCGGCGGACUUCGAUUCACUGCAGUUUUCUCGCGCCUCUCAGGAAAACUUGAACAUCACCAUCAGCCUGGUCCAUGAUGAGGUGCCGGAACGAUACAAGCUGAGCAAGGAGCUGGCGGAGGUCCUCGACGUGGAAGAAGAGACUCGCAGUGGCAUCGUACUUGGCAUUUGGGAUUAUAUCCGCGCCAUGGGUCUCCAGGAAGAUGAGGAGAAGCGCCUCGUCCGCUGUGAUCACCGUUUACGAUCGAUCUUCGGUAGAGACCAGAUGUUCUUCCCACAGAUCCCCGAGAGCAUCGGACCUCACACCAGCCCUAUCGACCCCGUCAAACUGCCCUACACCAUUCGCGUCGACGAAGAGUUCCACAAGAACCCCACCGCCACCGUCUACGACAUCCAAGUGGCCGUGGAAGACCCUCUUCGCGCCAAGAUGCUGGCCCUGACGAAAAACCACCAAUACUCCUUGUCCAUGCAGAAGAUCACCUCUCUGGACGACCAAGUCGCCCUCAUCAUCCAGACCUUGACGCAUUCCCGCGCCAGAUAUUCCUUCUACACCGCCCUCAGCAAAGACCCGGCUAACUUCGUGCGUCGCUGGAUGAACUCCCAGCGUCGUGACCUCGAGACCAUUCUCGGUGAGGCGACGCGAGGCGGCGGCGAAGACGGUAGCGGACCGGAGUUCCGUCGUGGAGGCGCCGACGGCGCUUGGGAUACCCCUGCGGCUCACGAAGCUGUACGAUACAUGCUUGCGAAACCGGAGGCCGCGAUGGGACGGUGA